ACUAACUCCGCUCAUACUUCUAAACCUCUAUUGCUAUUAUCUCACAUUAUGCUCUCGCGCUUUCAAAAGUCGUGGGGUCGUAGCAGGGCCAUUCCAAGGUUGCCUGGCAGAGUAUUGGUCAUGAUUAUUGAAUAUGCUGCCGAGGUCAAGCGUCGAUCCAGACCGUCUGGAACCGCCACCCUUGGCCGUCUCCCGAAUCAACUAUUGCCGUUCAUGGCUGUCUGCAGCUACUGGCGUACCACUAUCUGCCCCCUCUAUUACUACGAAGCGUUUAUCUCGAUACCAAUCCCCGAAGCAGCCAGCCGAAUCUCUGCAGUCCCAGCACAGGAUAUGCUACAGAUUGUGCGCUUCGGCUUUGACCGUAUUGUGAAGCGCCUAGUGCUACUACUUUCCCGAGAUGUGUUUGCUGGCCCUGAAAUGCUAACUAUGCUAGGGCUGCGUCUGCCGGCAAACCGACUACCAAGUGUUACGGAAAUAAUCCACAUGUCCGUGCCAUUCCGCGAUAUCUGCGAUAUUCUCAAUACCGCCAUGCCGAAUGCUAGAUACGUGGCGUUUACAUCUCAGGACCGCGUCUACGCCGGGGCCGAUUCAGGAUGUGUUGAGCUGACUAACAGGCUAGUCAGGGGCAAGACAUCUCUGACUAUGUCUAUUCCGAUGAAGGUACCCUUUAACUCAGCACAGCCGGCGCCCACCAACCUGACGCACAUAGCAGUAACUAGAAGCACACCAUGGACCUAUGCGAUAGUUUCUGUCAUUCGCUUCAACUCCCUCUCUCUAGUGGAUCUGCAACUGGAAAAUAUCGACCUGUGUCAUUUCAGGCAGCUGCUUGUAACAAGCCAAAAAGCUGCUGUUAUCUUUAAGCAGCUCCGCCGACUCGGAAUUUCACUCAGGAAGCCUGAAGAUGGACAACGACCAGUGCUUGAUCACAAUGCCUUUCCGUCGAUUACCCACAUAUGCAGUACAGGGUGGCAUCCGUUGGGUGAUGACUCGAUCUUGCGCUGCAAUCCUGAGAAACUGGAGGUACUGAGGAUGUCCAUUGAUGCGCCAUUAUUCGAGAUACUAGUAAGGAGAGAAGCACUUGUCCACAGCAAGUACCCCUGUUUACGGAUAGUUGACAUAUGCUGUACGUUUGAGCUGCGUCAUUUGCAUAGGACCUUUCCACUGGGCUUCGUUUAUGACAGAAUCAGCGACCUUUCCACCUGCGCAUCAAGCCUCCGGUUAAUGAUGGAAGCCAUUAACUCACAGUCCGCAAUCAACCUUACCCAUCCCAGCUCUACCAUCCGCGACCUGUGUCUACCAUGGUUGCAACUAGAUCUCGAGAUGCUCAUACGCCUGGGAUGGAGGUUCCCGAACCUGUCUUCCCUCGAGAUAUCGCUUGUUUGCGACUUUGAUGGAGUAAGCAAUGCUGAGCCAAGGGAAAGGGAUAUCAGACGGAUUCAGCGGGAAGUAAGGAUUGGAAACAGGCUAGUUGCACUUGGAGUACACGUCAACAACUUAUCUGACUCAAAGCGCAUCAGCGAGUACACAAUUUUGCUGGCAUCACUAGUACCAACGCUGCGCGAGGUAUUCCUUUGGCCACCAAGGCAAUAUAAUGUGUUUGCUCUACAUGACAACCUUGCAAAGGCACGCAAACGAUCAGUUUACAAGGACUUUUCACAUAUGAAGACGCUGAGGGUCAAUGUCAAGAACACACGUCCCUACCUUUAGCUGAUUUAUUUUAUGUGUUGGACAUUAGUCGAUGGACUAUAUGGUUAGUCCCAAAUCGGCAAGUCACUGUGUUAGGAAAACCCUGCCUUGACGACUCACCGACUAUGUGGCGCUGAGCUCUUUUCUGAAGAACUCUUCUUUUUCUUCUUUUAUCGGUUUAGCCGCUUAGUAUUCCUCACUUCUUAUUCUAAAACCUCGCGUAUAACGCCUCAGUUUACUUUAGUGAGACACAAUAUCGGUACCUCUAGUACUAGUCUGGGAAAGGUACACGUUAUUGCAUAAUGCUCUGUCAGAAAUUGGCCGUUUGG